UCACCGCCACGCCGCCGCCUGGUUGGUCCCCGCGGCCGCCCGUCCCGUGCUGGGGCAGCGCGCGGCCGCGGCCGGAGAUCACAGCGCAGACCGGCUCCUGGCACCACUGAGCCAAACUGGAUUUCCACCGGUGACCUGGGAGCAGCGAGUCCCGUGUGGGCGCGUGCCCUUGGCCAGCAUGACCAGCGAGGUGGUGGAGAACGAGUUUGAGUUUUACUCCAAGGCGGAGAAGUACUGGAAGGAUGUGCCCGCCACGGUGGAUGGCAUGUUGGGGGGCUAUGGCCACAUCUCCAGCAUCGACAUCAACAGCUCCAGGAAGUUCCUGCAGAGGUUUCUGCGGGAUGGCCCCAACCGGACGGGGACAACCCGUGCUCUGGACUGCGGGGCUGGCAUUGGCCGGAUCACCAAGCGGCUGCUGCUGCCCCUCUUCAAGACAGUGGACAUGGUGGAUGUGACAGAGGACUUCCUCACCAAGGCCAAGAGCUACCUGGGCGAGGAGGGCAGGCGGGUGCGCAACUACUUCUGCUGUGGCCUCCAGGACUUCAGCCCCGAGCCAAACUCCUAUGAUGUCAUCUGGAUCCAGUGGGUCAUCGGACAUCUCACUGACAACCACCUCUCUGACUUCCUGAAGCGCUGCCGUGCCGGCCUGCGGCCCAACGGCAUCGUGGUCAUCAAGGACAACAUGGCUCAGGAGGGUGUGAUCAUGGACGAUGUGGACAGCAGCGUCUGCCGGGACCUGGACGUGGUCCGUAAGAUCAUCCGCAGAGCUGGGCUGCACCUCCUGGCCGAGGAGCGCCAGGAGAACUUCCCUGAUGAGAUCUACCACGUCUACACCUUUGCCAUGAGAUGAGGGCAGCAGGAGAAGGUCUCUCCCGUGUCGUGACUCCCCUUCCAGGGGCUGGUGACAAGGACGGGACUUUGUCUUCCAAGUUGCUGCUGUUUGUGAAAAGAGGUGUUUGCCAAAUACAUUUUCCUGCUGUUGCA